UUCACUUAAAGUGAUAUUAAUCUAAUGAGGUAGGUAUUUUAUUUUAUAUAUACAUACACGUACACACGUGCGCGCGCAAUUUUUCCGGUCUCUGGUGCGACUAGUACCAACAAUACAAAAAUACAAGACGUUAAUUAUUUUUUUCUUUUUUUAACACGAGCGCGGUUUUAAUGCGAAUUUUCUGUCAAAACAUUAGACUUGUCAUCUAGUCGAAAAAAGAAAAUGGAUACCUGACUUUUACCGGUCAGAGAAAUCGCCAACUUGAGAAUAAUCAGAAGUCACAUGGAACCAAAGAAAUACGAGAGAUGUUUAAACUGUGAUGCCCUUUCUGGCCAAGAAAUCGCACGCAAUCUUGAAUUUGUACGCCGCGCCGGUGCAUUAUCGAGCAGAAGCGACUAAGAUCCUUAUUCUCGGUAUCCUUACUCUUCGGGUCAAACUUGAAGAAUUCCGUUCCAGAGACGAUUUAAAACACCGAAAUAAUAAUCAGAGUUUGAUCUUUCGAUAUAUGCAGUAUAUUCCUUGUGGACAAUUUCUUUCGAAUCGAAGAAAACGGUAAGCAAUGUGUUGAUUCGGCUUUUCUGCAUUUUCGCAUUCGCAUUUUCUUCUACCAUUUUGUGAAUAUUAUUAUAUCGCGCUUAUAUUGAAAACAUCCUGUUUCCUCGAAUUACGAUAUUUUUCAUAAACUUCAGAUGAAUAUCGCUGCUCUUAGCAUGCCUUUGCAGUGCUUCGCUCUAAUGUUUUUUUAUAUCCUUCAUCUAGUUAUGCUAGCGCCUUGAAAUUUGGGGUGCCAUAUAAUUGGUUUCUACGAAGAGAUUGGUUCUUACAUGUAUCAUACAUAUCGUACGUUGUAUGAAAAUAUACAAUGUGAAAAAUGUAGAAAAAUUUAAUUACAUUCUAUCAGUGGUUUGCCCGUAGAAAAUAUAAAUAUAACAAUGACUGUAAUCUAAUGUAACAAAUAAUCUUUUAAAACUUGUAGUCGGUUUUAUAAGAACAUUGUUGUCACUUUUAUUCAGACAAGCUUAAUCUGACGAGAAGAUUAAUCUUUCUUGUAAUCCGCGGUUGAGCAACUCUGCGUUUGCAGUGACAUAAUAUGACAAAAUAAGACAAAAUCGCAGAAGACUUGCCUCCGCGAUACUCGACUAUUAUGUCCCACGACGUGAGAUAUCAUGUCUCGUGGUAGGAGUGGCAACAGAAGCAAACACGACAGAACCAAUCGCGCUGAAGAAGGGUGGUCCAACCUUUGUUUGUCUUCUCGACCCUCCUCCGCUCGUAGGAUGCUGCGUGGACUCGUGCUGAAGAACCUACAUGUCCAUACAUUUGUGGCCAAUCGGGCCAAAUCACGAACAGAGUACACGUGAAAUGAUGUGGAUGAUGAAAUAAGCAGAGAAAACAAUCGAGAUUCGCGUGGGAAUGCACCGCUAUGCUACGCGGCAAGAGCAAGAAUAAGCUGAGAAACAACGGGGACGACGACGGGAACGGGAAGCAGAGAAGACCAAAGUGUGCUCGUUGCAGAAAUCAUGGCCUGAUCUCGUGGCUGCGAGGCCACAAGCGGGAGUGUCGUUAUCGAGAAUGCCUAUGCCCAAAGUGUUCGCUGAUCGCCGAGCGGCAGCGAGUGAUGGCCGCGCAGGUCGCCCUGAAAAGACAGCAAGCAGCUGAGGAUGCUAUCGCUCUUAAAAUGGCAAAGGUGGCAACUGGUCAGAAGCUUGACCGACUUCCACCAGGCAAAAUUUUUGGAAUGUCCGUGACAGAACCGAAAUCGAUGAUAAAUCGAGACGAAGAUGCGAUUUCCAUCUCAAAGAAGAUGGAUGGAAUUUCCGAAGACUUGAAAGAUUUUUCGGCGAACGAUGCUUGUUCACAAAAAUCUUUCGAUGGUUUAAAACUCUGCUCGAGAUCCAAAAGUGUUUUCAACGUCGACAACCCGGAGGGCUUUAAAGAAGUCGCUCCGGUGUCCCAAACGUCCGUGGAGACUCUAACUCGCCUUUUUCCGAACACCAAACUGUCAGUUCUGCAAUUGGUAUUACAACGUUGCGGUCAAGAUCUGCUAAAGGCGAUUGAAUACUUUGCCAACGAUAAUCUAAGGAUUGUCGAGCCAAGUGUAUCGCCAAGCAUCAAUCACGCAUCAGCUUUCCGACCGCCCGCGCCGCAGACGACGAUCGUCGACAACGUUACUACUGCAGCAACUGGAGAACAGCAGCAGCAACCGAUUUCCAGCACGAUGUUAACGCCGAUCUACACCAGCCUAUCUAAGAAUGUUUAUGGGGAUGCGGGUUAUUAUUUGCUGAACAUUUUGCCAACCGAACCGUUCGCUAGGAGGACCGAUCAGACCGAUACCGUCGCACUGACCAAUUUCUGUUACAACAGCUAUUUUCCGGCCGGUAUCCAACAGCUAAGAGACACGCGCAUGUGCAGCCAAAUGACGGAGGAUCGGUUGUCGACCGCAAGAUCAACGGGCAUUUUGCAUCAUUUGUCGCCCAGCAUGUUGUCGGCCUGCAUACAGCCGAAUUGCGCGCAAUGCAACUACAAGUUCUCAUGA